GCAAGUGCCACUAAGGGUGCUCCCUCCCCCUCUCCGCACUACCGUGUAUAAAGGAGGGCGAGGAGGCAUGGGCAGUUAUCUUGCUCCAGGCACAGUCAACCGAGCUUUGACAGCGUCCCAGUCUGGUGUUCAAUUCCUUCGUGAAUAAAAGUAACAUGUUCGUGUUGCCCAAGGUUGUGGUUGUGGGUGUGGUCUGUGUCUUGGUGGUACUCCAAGCACAGCUCUCUCACUCUCAUGCCGCUUUAAAAUGUUCUAAGAAUAUGGCACCAGGAGAAGAAAUGACGGUUGAGAUUCCAUGCAAAGGACAAACCCAUGGCUGCAAACUCUUCUGUGAAGCUGAAUGCGACGCCUACAUUUUCACCUGUGAGAACGGUCACCUGGAGGCAAACAUGCAGGAUGUCGAAAUGGACUGCUCUUUAGAAAAGCUGGUGGUAAAAGAAGGAGGAGAACUCCAAGAUAAUUUCUGCGGUUCGAUAGACGAUAUUGUCUCUGAGGGAGAGAAGCUAAUCAUCCGAUACAAGAAGCUGGGACAAGCCAGUAUGUUUAUGAAUGGGGGUUGCACAGGUACAGAAAGGUGCGAUUGUUUCUACACUGUGAAAUGUGUGGUUUGAUUCCAUAACUGCUCCUCCUCCUCCUCUACUACUACUACUACUGCUGCUACUCCUAAGGCGACACUGCGUUACGCGGACAGAAUGAUGAUGACCAAGAUGAUGAUUAUAAUCUUAUUGCCAAACUAAACCAUUGCAUGUUAACGCACCAGCACAAAUAAAAGAUUUCCAGCAUGAAAA